CCAAAACAUUGCGAUCUCAUUAUUUCCAAAAUAAUAAAUUAAAACUACUUUAAUUUUGAUGCGAGAACCCAUAAUUUAAUGUACAUUAUUUAAAUGAUCCGUUAAAACUUACAAACGAAAUAAAAUUACAAAGUUUCGAACGCAGCGCUUGUUUUGCGACAGGAAAAUAUCGUAUUUUUUUCAUUUAAAAUGCGUUGUAGCGUGCCUAAUUGUACCACGGACACGAAAGCCGACACGAAAAACUACACAGUCACAUUUCACACGUUUCCGAAAAAUGAAAGCCACCGUGCCGCCUGGAUCGAUGCUCUAGGUAUGAAGGGCUGGUUGCCCAAAGACGGCAGCGCUAUCUGCUCCGAGCACUUCUGGAAGGAUGACUUUUAUUUCACUAAAGGCGGUCUCAAGAAGGUGAAGAACGGUGCUGUACCUGUGACUCUGAAUUCCGAGGCCGAUCGCGACGGAGCCGAUAUAUCGGAUGUCUGCCGAAUAUGCUUGAACAUUGGUGGCAAACUGUACGACAUGGGAGCGUGCAAACUGGAGGAAAUAUACGAACAACUAACCGAGUACAUUUUCACGGAUGAUGAUCGAGUACCGAAGAGGUUGUGCUGGGAGUGCGCCCACAGACUGUCCUCGUGUCUGAAGUUCAAGAGGAAAGCUCUAAGCAGUCAAAAGCUGCUCGCGGACUUAAUCGCGGCGAACAAAUACGUCACAUUAAAAGACGUGUUAUGCGUUAACAGAGUUGAGAAUGGAUUGAGGAGUACGUUGGUACGAAAAUCCUUUGAGCCUAACAGCCUGGAUUACUUCUUGGACGAGACCUUUAGCGUUGUGAAGCUCAAGGAAGAUGAAGCAGGGUCGGAUGUGAUCUCGGAACCGAACAGAGAAGCCGAGCUGUCCGCGGACAGCGCCGCCGAGGACCUCCACAUCAAAGACGAGGCCUCGAACGAGAUAUUCUUCGAAGAGUACAACGUCGGCUUCUACGACUCCGACGAUGAUAAGGUUCUGAGCGAAGUGUAUAAGGACGAGAAGGUGGCGAACUGUGACAGCAAAGAGACGUCGUCUAAAGUGAAAAAGGGGAGGAAGAGAUUGAAGGUCCAGAAGAAGGGGGUCAGAAAGAGAGCCGGAGACGACAAUCCCGACAACGUCACUAAGCGAUUCAAAAUGGCGGACGUGAAACGCCGCCGAACCCAAGACCUGGACGAGAAUCUGUUCACGAUAACUUCGCUCACGUACGAGGAGCAGAUAGCGGAGAUAGAGAAGAGGCAGGAGCUGAACAGCUACAAGAGCGCCCCGUACAAGUGCACCACGUGCUACAGGGGCUUCCUCAACAGGGAGAGGUUCGAAGCGCACUCCGUGAGGCACAGCGACGUGAGUGGCGUCUUCGAAUGCUUCAUAUGUAAAUCCAGGAUGAAAUCCAGUCGCGCUCUACGCAAACACCUGACCGGACAGCAUACAGAGAAAAUUAUAUGCAAAGGGUGUCCUUUCACAACGAGGAACAGGGGCGUGGCCAGAGAACACGAAAAAUGGCACGCCGGCACCAAAUACCAGUGUCCGCAUUGCUGUAGUGAAUUCGAUAAACUGACCACAUACAUGGGCCACUUGAGGAUCAAGCACGUGUGCGACUUCGUGUGCGAGCUUUGCGGCUACACGUUCGUCAGCAAGAAGGGGGUCGACGUUCACAAGAAGAAGAAGCACAGGCUCGCCGACAAGCCGGAUCUGCUCGAAGGACCAUUCUGUGAGCUAUGCGAGGUCAAAUUCAAGACUCAAAUGGCCUACGAUCGACAUUUGAGGUUGUCGUCAAGACACAGCAAAGACAGCGACCCGAAUCGCUUAAGGAACGAUUCUCAGAGCGUCUCGCAGCGCAGCGACCGCGUCGUGCGCCGCAUAGAGAGACGCCCCGUCAUCCACGGGCGGGACGCGGGGGCGGAGCGCGGGGCGACCGGGCCCGUCACGUGUGAGCAGUGCGGCAUAGAGCUGAAGGAUCUGAGGCUGUACUCGCAGCACUUCAGACGAGCCCACCCGGAUAAGAACAGGACCAAGUACCCGGCCAUGAAGACGCCCUGCAUGUGUGAGCAGUGCGGGAGGAUAUUCCAAAGCAUGGCGCUGCUGAAAGACCACAUGUGGGUCCACACCGGCGAGAAGCGCUUCAAAUGCGACCGCUGCCCGAAGAGCUUCACCCAGAAGACGAACCUAGUGUUCCACCUGCGCGUGCACAGCGCCACCCGACCCUCGUACGAGUGCCCCCUGUGCGGGAAGCACUUCGCCUUCUACAACAAUAGGAGACGCCAUAUGUUCAUCCACACUGGCCUGAAGCCGUACAAAUGCGACACGUGCCUCAAGUGCUUCACAACGUCCGGCGAGCUGCGCGCGCACGUCGAGCACGUGCAUAUGAAGAAGCCGUGGCCGAAGCGCGCGCGCACCAACAGACAGAGCGACGCGCUCGCCGACUAGACGCCCCUCCCAACCCCC